AUGGCGGCUGCCAUGUGUCGGCAUCCAGUCAAGCUUGGAUUUAUUGAAGAAGACACAGACUUGAGUUUAUUAAAAAGCCAGUUUUUUCCUAGUAAAAUUGGGGGUAAACCUUCAUGGUUGUCACUUGAGCCUGUUCUUGGUGGUGAGGAUCUUAAGUGCCAGAAGUGUAGCGACCCAUGCAUAUUUCUCAUGCAGGUCUAUGCCCCGCUGGCAAUGCGGGAUGAUACAUUUCAUAGAACAAUAUUUGUAUUUGUUUGCUCCAAUGCUUCAUGUUCUUCACAAGGAGAUAAUAGCAACUUUAGAGUGUUUCGUUCCCAACUGCCUUUGAUAAAUAACUUUUACUCUAAAGACCCACCACCUGAAAGCAUUGAUGAAGGCACCGAUGUGGAUUCAUUUCCAAGCGCAGACAAGUUUCAAACUCUGUGCCAUGUUUGUGGUUGUAAAGGCACAAAGAAAUGUUCCCAGUGCAGAAAAUUACACUAUUGCUGUAAAGCCCACCAGGUGAUUGACUGGAAAGCAGGACACAAGAAGCUAUGUCAGUGUGCAGAAAAUGGAUCAACAGAUGAACCAGGAGCAAAUUACUCUGCAGGCAUACUUUUCAAAGAAUUUGAACUUGUCACAGAGGAUGAACAUGUUUCUGAAGCUGACUGCAACAACAGCAAAAGUGAAGAAGAAUGCUUGCAGGAAUUUGAGCAAAUGAAGAUGCUGGCUGAAACUGAGGAAGUAGAGGACAGCUUUGCAACUGCUGAUCUUGAACAGUCUGCAGCUGCUGAAACAGAGGAUGACAAGCAGUUUCAGAAAUUCAAACGAAGAAUUGAUCCAGAACCCAUGCAGGUGUUACGCUAUGACAGAGGAGGAGAACCACUUUGGGUUUCUGCGUUUCACAAAGCAACAAAAGAAAAUGUGCCUAACUGUUCCUGUGGAGCUGCAAGAAUAUUUGAAUUUCAGGUGAUGCCACAACUUCUCAACUACCUAAAUGUUGAUCAUCUUGAUGCAAGUCUUGACUGGGGAACAUUGUGUAUUUAUACAUGCCAGGAAAGCUGUAACCCCGGCAACUUGUACUUGGAGGAAUUUUUGUGGAAGCAAGAUUUUCAGAAUCCUGGCCAUUAA